AAACACCAUCAAGUGUAGGGACGUGGAGCGUUGUCUGAUGCUUAAGAAAUCACAGCUCGGUGAAUAAAAAUGCCAUUUCUCUGCCUGUGAUUCCACACACGGACGCUGUGUGAGCUUAAUGCUGCACGGUUUUUAUAUCACGCUCGCCUUUUAAAUGUGUUUUCGGUGAGCAGCGGUGGUAGGGUGCUUACGUGGCCUAUAAAGUACCUCGUAAAAUAAAGGCUUCCAAAAAACGCAUUGUAUCGUUUUGUAGGAUGACCCGGAGGAGACUUUUCCCCCACAAAAUGGUUAGAGCACUGAUGGAAAUGAUUUUAUUUUCUCAUUUUUUUGAAUUUACAUCUCACAAACAUCGGCUUUCGGGUCAUAUGAUGCUAUUUCUUAUCUUUAAAUGUGUUGGUUGUUAUAGGAGAGCGGGUGAGUAUUUAAUGACCAAAGGGAUUGAUUUAUCCUUUAUUGUUCAGCCUUUAUGAUCACGUGUGCGCUGUCAGCCAAUGGCGGGCCAGCCUUGCUCCCCAUUACUAUCCCACUGUAGUUCUCUGUGGGGCCAAGUUGCUACUUGAUUUCUCCACAUUGUUAUUUUGUGAGGCUGGGUUUACUGCGUGUGUAUGUGUGUGCCGUUGUGUGUAUAUGUGUAUGUGUGUGUAUGGGCGCUUCUUUGCACUUUUGCAUGUAUUUGUUGAAUGACCGCGUACAUGUGAAAGUCUAGAUUUCUCUGCCAUGUCGACAUCCGGAACACUGACUAGUUACUACGUCGAUUCCCUCAUUCUUCCCGAGAGUGAGGACGUAUCUGUGCCGAGAUAUUCCUCGGCUCCUGGGCUCCAGCAUGGCAGACAACCCGCCUCCAUCAGCGACCACCAGAGCGAGCUGGCGACCUGCACUUUCCCGUCCAAACCUCCAGUAUUCGGGCCAUCGUGGAGCCACGUCCCGGCUCAGUUCCCAGGCACCGUCUCCUCUGUUUACCAUCACCACUAUGGGCAUCACCAAGGCCCGGUAGCUCCAGACACAGAUGGCCGCUAUCAGUCGUGGCUCUUGGAGCCCAUGUCCGGCUCCCUGCCUAUGACCGGAUUACCGAGCACUCAUCACUACGGAAUCAAGCCAGAGGGCUUGGGGACGCGGGCUGACGGGGCUCUGCCGGGCUCCCACACUGCGCUGCUGCUCUCCGACUACGCGAACGGCACCGUCGCCACGACCUCACCGGUGGAGAAGGACCCUCUGUCCGGCCAAACGGCUGAGCCGAGCGCGGAGGUGGAGGAGAAACCAACUCUGGAUCCCAAUAACCCUGUGUCCAACUGGCUCCACGCGAGUGCCACGAGAAAAAAGCGCUGUCCGUACACCAAGCACCAGAUCCUGGAGCUGGAGAAAGAGUUCCUCUUUAACACCUACCUGACCAGGGACCGUAGGUACGAGGUGGCGAGGCUGUUAAACCUCACCGAGAGACAGGUUAAAAUCUGGUUCCAGAACCGCAGAAUGAAGAUGAAGAAGUUUAAUAAAGACGGCGCACCGAAAGACGAGUGACUGAGCCGUAGACACAGAGGAUUUUUAGGCUGAUGAGCUCAUAGGACUCUGCUGGACCUCCUUCUCCUAUUUCUCCUUCUCCUUCUUCUUUUUUAACCUUUAUUGUCUUAUUGUUCUCUAUAACAGAAGCUGUUAGGCUUAAAUGUCCUAUUAAAAGCAUGAUGGGCUUCAUUUUUGCUGCGACUACCUUUAUAUUGCACAAUUUUACCAGUGCCCACGUUGUUUUAAUUGGUUCAUCUCCUAUGUUGAUACUUUUAUUAUUGUUAUUAUUAUUAUUAAUACCUCGUUAAAGUGUAUUAGUUGGACUGUCCCUGUGCUCGUUUGUGUAUGGAUGUUUCUAGCUGUGUGUGUUUUCUGGUUUGUAGCUCUGUAGGAUAUUUGUUGUCUAUCUCUGAGUCACUUGAGCGUAUAUAUAUAUAGUUUGUAAAAAAAAAAAGGAAUAGAAAAAAAAGUGUUAAAUUUAUUGUUUCUCCCUUAUUCCGGUGACCGUGAAUCUAACAUUGGAACCCAGGAUAGCGUCGCAUUUUGAAGUAGAUGCGUAACAGCUGACGGAAAAGCCUCUUGAAAAAUGAUUAGUGAAUUAAUUCUAGAAGCUAAAUUCCAUGACAUUGUUGACUACCUAUGUGUCCUUCAACUACCUACGACAGCUAGAGUAGAUUCGCUUGCAUUAUUACAUACCGAGCUGUGUCCGAAUUGUUGUUUUUUUUUUCUUUCAGGGAGUAACACUUUAAAGGAGCAUUCUGUUUUGUUAGUGAGAGGAAAUGGAAUUACGACUAAAAAAAGAAAAGGAAAACACUGUAGGCUUAUGAUACUUAUUGAAUACCUCACGGUCUGCUGGCCGUCUGACUUUUUUGGUUCACAAAUGUAAUUUGUACUUUAUUUAUUAAAUAAAACAAAUUAUAUCUGGGAAUACGUGCUACGUCACAGUUAUUUUUUAUCUCAGGUUGUUCGGUUUAUCGGUGCGUCAAGGUCUCCGAUUGUUGUUGCGCGAAGGUCUACUAUGAAGGGGUGUUGCUGUCAACAACAACAACAACACAGACACACACACACACACACAUACAGACACACACUUACUAGUGCUGUUUUUCCCCUGUAAUUUUCCUGUUGCACGGCCCCUUAUUUAUUUUCAAAAAUCAUAAAUAUAUGCCUCCCCCUCCUCCCUCCC